AUCCUUCGGUCAUGAUGCAACUUUAAGCAGCGAGAAGAAGUUAAGAACGACGAUCCAGUUUUGUUCUUCCUGCCUAGAGAUGAUGUUCUCUUCCGCCGGGAAGCGCUGCUUCACGAUAGAGUCUCUGGUCGCCAAAGAGAGCCCCCUGCCAGCCGAGGACCCCAUCCGGCCGACGGCGUUGAGUUACUCCAACCCGACCACAGAUGCCUUAAUGAGCGGCUACCAGGCUCCGGCGACCAGGCCUCUCUACCAGGGCCCGGAGCUGGUGUUCCCGGAGACGGUGAACCACCCGUCCCUCACCGUGGCCCCGCACCAGCUCGGAGGCUCCCACCUACAGCAUCCGCACUUCUUCGGCACGCAGCACCGGGACCCGCUCAACUUCUACCCCUGGGUGUUACGGAACAGAUUUUUUGGACACAGAUUUCAAGGUAACGAGGUGUCCCAGGACAGCCUGCUCCUGCACGGCCCCUUCGCCCGGAAGCCCAAGCGCAUCCGGACGGCCUUCUCUCCGUCGCAGCUGCUCCGCCUGGAGAGAGCCUUCGAGAAGAACCACUACGUGGUCGGAGCCGAGAGGAAGCAGCUGGCCAACAGCCUGAGCCUGAGCGAAACCCAAGUGAAGGUUUGGUUCCAGAACAGACGGACGAAGUACAAGCGGCAGAAGCUGGAGGAGGAGGGUCCGGACAGCCAGCAGAAGAAGAAGGGGAACCACCACAUCAACCGCUGGCGCAUCGCCACCAAGCAGGCCAGCUCCGAGGACAUCGACGUGACCUCAGAGGACUGAACCCGCACACGAGCCUGAGCGUCAGAGGACCAACACUAUUUAUUAUGUAAGAUUAUUAAAAGCGUUGUUAGACUCGUUAGAGGAAGACUCAAGGAUUCCAUGUGCGAUCACUCCACGUCUUCAUCGAGGAGUUUGGACGUCUCGCGCCGCUGUGACGAUGGCGGAGCAUCAUUUCAUGAUGGCUGAAGAGAAAAGUCGUGGUACCCUACAGAACCACGGUGCUCGUUUUUUAAAAAUUAUUUUCCUUUUUUGUACAUAGGUCAAUAAUGAAGGUUAAAAAAAGCUAAUUGUUUGAUCACUUCCACCUUACGUCACUCGCUUUCACCUGCGCACCAUAUGAAGUCAAACUCAUCCUCGAAAGGAAGCUGUGGUCAGUCGGCGAACAUGUUGGUGAAACGGAACAGAACAGAAAACCUCUCAGACUCUUCACCACUUUUACUUUUAGAGACAGUCUUCGUUGUCCUGCUAAUGAAGGUUUCCCUCCAGCGGGAGGCGACCUGCGAACCCGGGAAGGAAGUUGAAAUCACAAAAUUGUCGUCUUUCGCCGCCGUGGAACCGUCGCCGUGAGCGACGUAUGAGACAGCACAUCCCCGUUUGUUUCAGUUUUUGCAGAGCGAGACGUGUUCAGAGGCGCGUUUUUCGAGCACGAAAUGUAUUUACAGACAAACGGCUUUGGAAAUAAAAACUUUGUGACGUGCUCCUGUUGCAUGGGAGAUUGCUGCGUGUUGUUUUAAUUGAGAGGCAGCAGUUUGUUCCCAGCAGCUGCGGAUUUCACUCCCUUGCUCUCCAGCUGAGCUGGUGGAUGUGCAGAUUGCUGUGAAACAUGAUGCUGCAGGGGUUGAUGGGAAGAAGAAGAAAAAAAAACAUUUAAGGCUCAGUGGUGACUGGGAUACAGCGACAAAAUGUUUCAUUUUGUCACAUUACAAACUCAAUCCCUGUGUAUUUUAUGCAAUUGACAUAUAGAAAUUAGCAUAUGGUUGUAAAAUGGGAGGGAAAUGAAUCCAUGGAUUUGAUUUCAAACAUUUGUUUCAAAUAAACAGAAAAGAGUGCUGAGCGUUUGUAUUCAGACCCCUUUACUCUGACAACACUAGAUGAAAUCCAUCUCAUCUAUUUAAAGUCGCCUAAUUAGUAAACUGUUUGCCUAUAAUAUAAUCGAGAAACAGAAGUGAAGCACGAUUUUAAGCUGUGAAGCAUUGGGCUGGGUAUUAGCUAAAGCUAGAGUUCCAGAUUCUGAUCGUACUGAAAGAAUGUCUCCAACAUGUAUAAAAUGCACUAAAUGUAUUUUUUAUUUCAAAGCAGAAUAUCAUCUGCCUCUGUUUUAAUAGCAAAACCAAAACACUGUUUGGUAAGAUCGUAUUAAAUGAUGUUUUCACACAUAUGCAUGUAUCUAGGGUUCAUACGGGAUUAUGAUGGCAUACAGCAGGUUUUGCACAACAUCACUCUGAGGUUUAAUUGGUUUAAUGUUUGAUUAUUUUUAUGAUCAAACUAAUUUUUGUCAGUGAUUUGCCUCUAUCAAUAACUAACAUUUAUCUAACCACUUACGAGGGAUGGAGAGCUUUCUAAACAUUGCAACAGAUUUUUUUUUUUAACCUUCCCACCCAAUCCUGGUGUCCUUUGACAGAGAUUUCUGAGCUGAAUUGUGCUGCUUUCAAAAGAACAAGGAAUCCACAAAGUUUGAUUGGUAAAUUUUAUUGACUUUUAUUGAAUUGUAACAAGAAAACUCAAACAAAUAACAAGGCCCAAAGCUUUUAGAGAUCCAGAUUUUAUUUCACGUCUGAGGAGGCAGACAAACCGACUCUUCCGGGGCAAAUCGAGAGUUGAAUGGAGGAGAGUUGGAGCUAAAAAGAAGAGUCUGCAAGUAGGAUGGGUGUAAACACCUACAGCUGGGCGAUAUGAACUUACAUUUUAUCACAAUACUUUGUGGUACUAUUGUUUUAACAAUAAAAGUGAAGAUAACCAUUUAUUACAUCUUUUUUAGGUCACCAUGUAACUGUGUCACAGCAAUUAUAGGCCCCCAAUCACAAAUAACGCUCUUUUAUGAAACCAGUCACAAAGAAAUGUGAUAUAUAUCACUAAACUGCACUUUCAAAUGUAUUGGUAUCUGUUGAUGCUUUUCUUGAACAGACAGUGGAGAAAACAGUAAAAACCUUUCAAACCCAACAAUAAAGAAAGUUGUAAACAAAAUGACUUGGAAUUUAUCGGGACUACGAUGAAUCAAAAUUCUUAUACUUCUAAGAAUUUUAUCGUGAUAAAUAAUAACUGAUAAACGAUACGAUAAACACGGACCUUAAUAUGCACCUCCACUACAAGCAUCAGGAAGUGUCAGGUGUGUAACCUGUUGGUCAUUACGGAUGUACGCAAAACCUUGUUACUAUUCAGCCAAUGUCGAAACACCGCAAUUUCACAAUUGUGGUGUUUUUGUUAAAUAAGAAACGCAGUUAAAAAUCCCACGUGAAUAAGUCCGUAGAAAAACACGGCGCGACAUCAUCCUCCAACUACUUCCUGUCGGCUUCUUCAUCGUUUUCACCAGUAGUAACAUCCGGUUAUUGACCAUGUGACCCGUAUGAUGCGAAAAAAGUCUCUCCAUUGCAGUUUUGGGAAAAAUAAAACAAUUUUGAUAUGAUUGGCACUAAUUUUCAAUCAUAGAAAUCAGUUUUUUCAAAAUUUCUGUGUUUGUGAUUUUUUUCUCGAAAUGUCAGCUAGAACACUUAAAUAGUCAAUGGAAACACAGCUAAUGUUUCUGAAAUCACAGCUAAACGGACAUUUACUAAGCUACAAAAGCUUUCAAAGAGGCGGGAGCUGGUUUGGAUAUUGCUGCAAUCUUUUUUAGCAACAGCUCAAAGCGAUCACCUGCCCGGAAGAAACAACUGCCUGGUGACCCCACGACCUCAGAGGAGAGCUGACGUCUGACCCAGGUGUCUUUGUUUUGCCAGCGAGAAAGAGAAAGGACAAAAGAGGCAGUAGGUAGAGGUAAAACACCCUGCGUAACGCAGCCGAAGGGGGUCACACACGGCUUGUUUUGAGUUUUCUCAAGAUAUCCUAUACUCACUGCAGGUGCAGAAAUGUGCUGAAAGGAGGCACGGGGUUAUCUAAACAAACAUGUUCUGUGGCUCGCCAAGACAGCCGUGGCUCUACAACCUCCUCUUGUCAGGAAGGUUUUCUGGAACAGGUCGCGUUCUGCGUUUGGUAAAAGAUUAGCGCAAUUAAAGGGCCUCUUUGUUGUCUGGCUAAGGUAAGAAUUAGGUGGAGCAUCACCUUGGCCUCCGCGUCUCCUGUCAGCCGAGUCAGCAGGAAGGGGACCGAGCGGCGGUCCAGGGUGAGAAACGAGAAACUCUCCAGAGGAAAAGAGAGGUGCAAAAAAGAAAAGGAAAAAAACAGGAGACGGAGGGGGGGUGGGGGGGCUGCUGUUGUUGCCGAAACAGCAAUUAGCUUGAACAAACAAUACUUUUGGAUUUCUUACGAUAUACAAAUGAGAUGUUUUAGGCUGCUAAGUUUGAAAACGCGACUCGGUGUUAAUCCCUGAUGCGCUACCAGAUGCAUUUCUUUGACGUUGAUUCAAAGGUGUCUCUGUUGAUCUGGGCGUCGCCGGCAAUCCAACUGGGUCUUCUCUUGUCAAACUGCUCGUCGGCGGCAACCCGCUGUGCACUGUUCCCAAGGCAACCGCUCAAACAUGCCGAUUUACACAGAUCACAACAAAAGACGGAGCGUUUGUGUAAGCCAGGGGACGACAUAAACACGACGAUACGGAUCUAUAAACCGGCUGAAAAAGUUACUCCAGCACUAAUCGCAGCAACUUGUACACAUGAGAUAAGACGCUGAUAAGUCUGUGGAAGUGUUUGCUGAAAUGUGCUGAUCAUGAUCUCGUUUGACAUGAUUUCAUCUUGACCUAAUUUUGUGGUUAAUAGACACGGAUUUGCAUAUAAACGCAACAGAAUUAUGACUUGAUUAACUGCAU